AUGAACAGGGAGAUUUUUCAACAGAAUACGAGCCUAAAGGAGAAAGCAAUUUUCCAAGAAUAUUUGACAAAGCAGAGGACUGUAGUGAAGUCCUAUUACUGGCAGACACUGAACCCAAACUGUGCUAACUGUGUCUAUCACAUACAGACAGGUGAAGAAGCUAGAGUCCCUUAUGCAGAAUUUCACAGAGCCUUUGGAUUCUCAUACAGGUCAACGAGCCUACAAAACAAACAUCUAUUUUAUGAACUAAGGUUUUUCUCUGGCACGUUAGUCCAAAAAGGCCAUGCUACCAACUGUACCGACCAAGACAACCAUCCAGAAUCUACGUUAUUUGAGGCAGGCAGUUAUCCGGACUCAGUUACUUACACCUAUUAAAACAUUGGCUACAUAAUCCUCUAUUCAAACUACUCUCCUUGUAAUGAGGCCAACCACUGCUGCAUAAGUAAACUCUACAAUUUCUUGAUAGAGUAUCCUGAAGUCACCCUCUGCAUCUAUUUCUCUCAGUUUUAUCACACUGAGGAUUUUCCGAAAGCUAUAUGGAACCGUGAAGCUUUACAAAGCCUUUCCAGCUUAUGGCCUCAUGCGACUCUACGCCCACUGCCUGGGGGAACAUGGCAUCACCUCCUCUGCAAUUUUGUGUAUAGCAUCCCAGGGUCAACCCUUUAUCACCCAGCUUUGCCAUCAAAAACCUUACCAGAUCAAACAAAUCCACAUCAAAUUAACAACUUAAUAGGAAUGAAACCGUAUUUGAAGAAAGCAUUUCUUAAAACAGGGAAAAUGUAG